CGUUGGAGGCGCGCCGCGAUGCUGCUUUUCUGCCCGGCCUGCGGGAACGUGCUGGUGGCCGAGGAGGGCGCCCGCUGCCACCGCUUCGCUUGCACCACCUGCCCCUACGUGCGCAACGUCACGCGCAAGGUGACCAGCCGGCGCUACCCGAAGCUGAAGGAAGUGGACGACGUGCUGGGCGGGGCCGCCGCCUGGGAGAACGUGGACUCCACCGCAGAGCCCUGCCCCAAGUGCGGCCACCCGCGCGCCUACUUCAUGCAGCUGCAGACGCGCUCGGCCGACGAGCCCAUGACCACCUUCUACAAGUGCUGCAGCGCCCCCUGCGGCCACCGCUGGCGCGACUGAGCGGCCGGAGGAAGGAGGGAGACGGAGGGGCUUCAAUAAAGCGACUUUAUUGGCCCGCAGCGGCGCC